CGCUGCUGUACUGCGGGAGGAUCACUGCCAGGUGGGUGCCGGGGAGCAGGAGAGCAGGGGGCGGCAGUGGAUUGGAGGGCGACAUUUGUGAAGCUUGGCUGUAAGCCUACUUGACUUGUUGGAGGGCUGGCUGUUGCUCCGCUUACCGGCGCCCUUCCAAUGUAACCCUCCCUAUUCCCCUACACGGUACACACCUGUUUCACACACACACACCCUUUGCGCACAGCGACAACGGCAUUACCAACGGUCUGGAGAUUUACUCGGACGCGACCCACGGGACGGUCAUCAUGGCCGCCAACAACGACGCGCAGCUGCGACUGUUCGCGGCGGCUGCGGGCGAGGGCGCGCUGCGGCAGCUGGCUCACUGGCCCUUCGAGUGGGCGGUCAACUACGCCUCGGUGCGGCCCCAUGGGCUGGGUGCGCCCGGGGGCGGGUCGGGGGGCAGCUCGGUGGCUGCGGUGGUGGGCGACGACCCGGCAACCCUUCUGGUUGACCUGCAUAACGGCGCCACCAUCGCCCGGCUGCAGGGCCACCGCGACUUCUCCUUCGCCGCCGCCUGGCACCCGGGCGGCACCCUGCUGGCCACCGGCAACCAGGACACCACGGCGCUGGUGUGGGACGUGCGGCGGACCGAUGUGCCGCUCACCAGGCUGGCGGGCAGGAUGGGCGCCAUCCGCUCGCUGCGCUUCUCGCCGGACGGCCGCUUCCUGGCCAUGAGUGAGCCCGCGGACUUCGUACACUUGUACGACGUGGCAGCCGGCUUCCAGCACUGCCAGGAGCACGACUUCUUCGGGGAGAUCGCGGGCGUCUCCUUCACACCCGACUCCUCAUCGCUCUUUGUGGGCGUGUCCGACCUGACCUACGCCUCGCUCAUGCAGCUGGACCGGCAGCGCUGCGACUGGGGCUAACGGGGGGGGGCGUUGGGGGCAGGCGCAGGCGGGAGGGGGUAAAAAUAGACCAAACCAUAGGGUCGGGAGCAGACAGGCGAAGGUAGGCAGGCAUUCUGCGGGGGGCACAAGAAAGCAGGCCGCGGACAGCAUGCAUGCAGUUGUCAACAAUCGUUUGGUGUUCACUACCACAUAAGGAAAUCGUUUUGCGGAAGAGCAGUAGGAAUGACAGGCACUGGUGUUGGUGCUAUCUAGGGAAGGAGAAGACAUGAGCAAAAGCAAGCAAGCGCGGUUGGGAGUGCUGUGAAAGGCGCUGCACCGGCGGCAAUCAGCAGUAGUAAAGUCGUAGCGGUGAUAAGCAUGUUGGCAGCAGCAGCAGUUGCGGCAUGGGGGCAUGAUACAUGAGGCGAUGAGAGCGAGUGCGUGCGUGGGCGAGAUGACGCGGUUACAACGUUGCUGGGAAGCCUAGGAGCACCCUUAAAGAAGUUUUAUGUUGUACGGGGUUGCACCGCAGGUGUGUUGCGGGCUCCGUUGGGUUAGGUGCUUUGCCACCAAGGGUCCUGGUAGAUGUUUGCAGGGGAGUUAUGGUCGCAGGCGGUGCAGGAGGCCAAGCAGGCGGUGGGGCCGGGGAGGCAAAGUCCGAUGUGAUGCCACAAACAGUGCUGUUGGCAGCAAUCGAAUGCUGCUGGGUUGGCGUUUCUGCCGCGCCCUUGUACUUUUCACACGACGUCUGUUAGCAUACACAAUGCGACAUUGCAUGUUAUUGCUUUGUGGAAGAGGUGUGGGGAGGUGCGGAUUGCUUCCCCGCGAGGUUAGGACACCAAGUGUGUAAAGAAAACCGGCUGCGAGUCGGUGUGUUAAGAAAACUGGCCGCGAGUAGGAACGUACGAGUCGGUGUGUGUGCGCCUAAGAAAACUGGCCGCGAGUAGGAACGUACGAGUCGGUGUGUGUGCGCCUAAGAAAACUGGCCGCGAGUAGGAACGUACGAGUCGGUGUGUGUGCGCCAUGGGGCAUGUGUGCGUGACGUGAUGCUCUGUCUGAUGUGGACGAGCGUACGCAGUGUAGAACGCGCACGUGAGCCAUGGCGCCAACUGCAUGUAGACCAACAUAGGGCAUGGUACCAGCAUCUGCCGGGAGUUGUUCGUUUCUAGUGGCGGUAGUACGGGCAACGUUGAAACAAAGACGUGGUCCAACGGGACCAACCGUUCCGCGUAGUAGUGGCCCCAGAACGUUGCGUCGCAAUUUUUUGUGAUGUUGGGUGUAUCCGUGUUGUAAUUAGAGCCGGAAGCUGUGGUCGCGUGUUCCAACUGUGAAGCAUUACAGUCGCCAGCCUGCAUACAUGUCUCCUGGCUAUACAUGAGUGCAACCUCCCUUUUGUCGACGCACGUUUGUUGACAGGAGCCUAUGUGAUUGAGUAUAUGGUAUGCAACUUUGCAAAGCGCUGAAAUAGCGUACAACGUC